AUGGAGCCCUGCGAAGGCCCGUUGAAGAGUCAAUCGCUGCGGCCCGCACCCCCGUUUGGUGAUGCUUCUUACGACAUGACACUACAGAAUGGCACUCAUGCCAUCCGCACGAUGCUAGAAUUGAUCGGCAGACUCCAUUGUCGACAACUCCCAGUCGAUCUGAAUAUGAUCAAUGCGUCUUGGGGCGCUCCAUCUCCUAGGAGAACACUGGUUGGUCUGCCUCCGUAUCCAUUCAACCAUUCGCAGUCCUCCUGGCUUGAGAGCCAGAUCAGUCAAAACUACCGCUUCGCGAAGUGGCGCCACAUCAUCCGCGCAUCGGAGCUCCCGUGGAUCCAGGACCACGCGUUCAAUGGCACCGAGCUCUACCCUGCUGCCGGGAUCAUGGUCAUGGCGCUGGAAGCAGCUCGGCAAAUGGCCGAUCCAGGCCUCCCCCCCUGUGACAGGGGUGUCGAGGUUCAAUUCCACCUGCGCCCCGAGACCAAAGUUCGAAUUGACUCCAGCAUCUCGGACAGAAAUACUUUCACUCUCUACCAGCAGUGUCCCGGUGAAUGGGUUGAGAUCAGCCGCGGCACCAUCGUGACUCACUACGGCAAUGACGAGCCCCACUAUGAAUUUGGGUUCGGACCGGCCUUCCAGGGUUUGCAGGAUGUCCACUACAGUAUGGACAGGGAGGCAACGGCCGUCAUAAAUCCGAGCCAGUGGAUGGAAAAAGUCAAGCAUAGUGAUCUCACCCAAGACUACCUGAUCCAUCCAACCGCCCUCGAUGCUUUCCUGCAAACAACCGCAGUGGCCGAGUCGAGGGGUACCUGGACCCCCCUACGAACAAUGGUACCCACGCGCAUAGCUCGCUUUUGGAUCUCAAAUCAAUUGUUGGCACAUACACCAGGGCACACCCUCCGAGCGCUUACCACAGCAGCCGUCCGGGGCUAUCGGGAGACCGACUUUACCGUCACAGCAUAUGACCAUUCGACCCAGCAAUGCCAGAUUUUGUUCGAAGGGUAUCGAUCGACUGCCGUGACAAGCCUGAGAUUGGCGGGACCAGAGGCUUUUCGAGUGGGAUUUGAUGUUGAGUGGCGGCCGGAUGUGGAUCUUCUCACGCACAGUCACGCAGCGGCCAUCUGCACCUCGGCGCUGACCACUGCAGACCACCCUAACCCGGUAGCUGCCGACUCAAUGGAAGUGAUCUGUCUCCAUCAUCUCGGCCGGGUGCUGCGGGAGUUUGAGGGUGGCAAGUUGGACGUGAGAGCUCCCCAUAUGCAUCGAUAUCUUUCUUGGAUGAGGAGCCAAGUCGCCGCUUAUGAAGCGUCCGACCUUACAUUCCAGGGCGAGUGCGGAAAGCCCGCCUUGGAUGACACUGCCUAUUUUGAUCGCCUUGCAGUCGCCUUGGGAGACUCGCCUGAGAUGCAGCUCUACAAUUCCGUGGGCUCAGAUCUCAAUCGAGUCCUCGGUGGCGAAAUGGAUCCCCUGGAGAUUCGGUACAGCGAUGGCGGUUUGGCUGAGGGUUUCUACCACGGUAGCACCUUCGCAGCAAAUAACAAAAGGGCGGCUGCCUAUAUUGACCGCCUGGUGCACAAGGAGCCACAGGCCAACAUCUUGGAGAUUGGAGCCGGUACUGGCGGAAGCACUGCAGUCAUUCUGGAUCACCUAGCCGCCCGGUCAUGGUGUGGGAGGUAUACCUACACAGAUGUAUCACCUGGGUUCUUCCCCAAAGCUGCGGAUCAGUUCCACCGCUAUGCCAGUCGCCUGGAAUUCAAAGUCCUAGAUAUCGAGAAGGACCCCACAAUUCAGGAGUUCAGCCUGCCCAAAUACGAUGUUGUCGUAGCUUCGUCCGUCUUGCACGCCACUCGCAGCAUAGAGAAUACUUUACGAAAUGUGCAUCAAUUGCUGAAGCCGGGCGGCAAGCUCAUUCUAAUUGAACCGUGCAAUCCCAACACUACGCGCAUUCCUUUCGUCUUUGGUCUUCUCCCGGGGUGGUGGCUCGGAAGUGAGGACUCUAGAUCAGGAGGGCCCCUCCUGUCUGAGCAGUCCUGGGAUGCGGUGCUCAAAAAAGCGGGCUUCGAUGGGAAUGAGGUCUGCUUGAGGGACUUCCCUGGCCACCAACAUACUAUGAGUCUCAUCAUAACCACUGCCGUUUCACCCAAGACCCAGGCUUUGCCCUCGUCUAGGCAAGAAAUCAUCAUCCUCGUUCCGAAACGAGUCCGCACGGGAACAUCCCCUGGUGAGCCAGCUAGAAGGGGCAAUUCGCAGGAGCUGGUCCUACUUCGGUGGUUGUUGAUGAGCACUUACGCUCUAAAGAUGUGA